CCUUGAUACCUCUCUGACUCCGCGAAGGCUGGGCCAUCUACUUAACACCACCUACUCAGAGGAAAACUUCGGGUGUGCUUCAGCGCGAGAGAAAAAGCGAAGGGGCAGGCCUGACUUGCCCGAUUCCGCCCACAUUUAAUGCGCAGCCGUGGUUUCCGACGCCGUCUUGGUCCUCGGGAACGUUUCAUCGCAUCAAUCUGUUGGUGUGCUUAGACCUUUUUGUUUUCAUUUGUGUUUCCUUGGCUCUUCCGCCUUUUCCCCAAUCAGACAAAGAUGUCACACGUAGCCAAGAAACAUUCUUUGGCAGCCGAGAUCCGCGUGCAGUGAGCAAACAAACGGCAGAUAAACGGUGCUGUUUUCUGUUUGUUUCCUCUCUGUCACCAGGUCGAAAAUCACAUUACUUCUUUCCUCUCGCUAGCAAUUAUGGCGAGUUCAAUCACCACCACCACAACCAUGGUGACCAGCCGCAAGAGAUCCAAUCCUGAAACAGAGGCGAAGCUGAGCUGCGAUGCAGAGCCGGCGUCCCUUGUCAACUUCAUUGAUACCCCGCCAAGCCCCGCUGAUGUGAUCACACUACCCAAGGACGACGACGACCUCGAGGCUCUGAUUGGGAAGCUCGGCGCCCUGGCGGACGUCGUCUCCCGCAACCGCAGCCUCGCUUUGUGGACGGGGUUCGCGGCGACGCCCAACCCCAAGAGGGACCCGAUCGAUAUCGCCAAGGCGGAGGCCGACCCCCGGGAGCUCGAAAUGUUCGCCACGUUCGACCGCAACGGCCGCCGGCUACCGGAGUCGUCCGCGGCGCAGUUCGACAUCGCGAGGGACGUCAAGCCGCUGGUUCGGGAGAACGUCAAGACGGCGGCGCGGUACGAGGACAUGGCGUCGUGUGUCGACGAGGUCUUCGGUACCCGCGGCGCCACCAAGGAGAACGUUUGCUGGAUCGUCGAGAACAUGGAGGCCGUGCUGCCGCUCGUCAAGUUCCACCUGCGCGUCAAGCGCGCACGGCGGAACCUCUCGGGCGGGCUGGAGACCCUGACGAGCAACGAGCUGGCCGAGUACCAGACGGUGCGCAAGAUCCGCAGCGUCCUGGGCGUUAGGAUGCAGAAGUGCCGCGUUGGGGGCCGCUGUUCCAACAAGAGGUUAAGCGGGUAUGACGCCGUGUUGCUGAGACGGCAGAACAUCAUGUCGUGCCUUGUAAAAGGGCAGCGUGAGAGCCAGAUGAGGACGGGGGGCGUGAGGGGGGAGAAUGGGCAACUUCGCGUCAAGCGUCAACGGUGCGCGGCAUGACAAGAUCUCGUACGGUGACUGGAGGCCAGCUGUAGUAGAUAACAGUGUCAUUACCUGGCCGGCCGACAAUAUAUUCGACACUACUUUUUGUGCUUAGCAAACGGCAUUGAACAUACCACUCUACCCGGGGCAAUCCCGUACCUUGUUGUUUCGUCUUGGUGUUUCUACCGAAAUGUUCUUGGUCCAUCAUUUCACUCUGGAAGAUGUUGACGUGGUGCGGAUACUUGCUUCAUGCUAGCUGUCUGGGCCGCACCACACAUCAUUCCAGCCCUGGGAGACAGCGCUCACCUCGCACCCAAGUCAGGACAAAUCCCAUGAGCGGGACGGUCAUGGCCGUAUGCGCAUGCCUCCUGUUAAUGACGGCGCCGGCCGUGGACUAGACAGUGAAGACGACGCCACGAAGGAGCCGACGCCCUGGAUGGCCAGGGCGAGGUCAAGGCGGAUCUCGGAGUGUUUCCGGGUGGCCGCAAAUGGCGAAGGAUUCCGCACCAGUCUCGAGGGCGGAGACUGAAGGGAGCCGUUAGCUUGCGGCGUGAUGGAUGGGCGUGAACCGUCAUCUUCAUACAAUA